GGAUGGAGCAGUGGGGGGAGGCGGCUCCAGCUGCCGCUCCAGCCCCAGCGCCCGCCGCCGCCGCCAUUUAGACAUCCCGCCGCGGCAGCCAGCGCCGGGACAGGGUGCGCGGGAGGGCUCGGGUUGUCUCCAUCCUCAUCAUCGCCAUGAGCCGCCUGUCGCAGCUGCUGCUGCUCGCCCUGCUCGUCUUCCCCGCCGCGCUGCUGCUCGGGGGCGCCCGCGGCGGCCCAGGUUUAUUAGUUGCAGCUCAAGAUGCUACAGAAGAUGAGGAAGCUGUGGAAGAUACUAUAGUUGAAGAUGAGGAUGAUGAAGCUGAAGUUGAAGAAGAUGAGCCAACAGACUUGACAGAAGAAAAAGAGGAAGAAGACUUGUCAGGAGAACCUAAAGCCUCACCCAGUGCUGAUACAACCAUUUUAUUUGUGAAAGGUGAAGACUUUCCAGCGAACAACAUUGUAAAAUUUCUGGUGGGCUUCACCAAUAAGGGAACAGAGGAUUUCAUUGUCGAGUCUCUCGAUGCUUCUUUCCGGUACCCUCAAGACUACCAGUUUUACAUCCAGAACUUCACAGCUCUCUCUCUGAACACAGUAGUUCCACCACAGAGACAAGCCACAUUUGAGUACUCCUUCAUCCCUGCUGAGCCUAUGGGUGGUCGUCCUUUUGGUCUGGUUAUCAAUCUCAACUACAGAGAUGCAAGUGGCAACAUUUUUCAGGAUGCUGUCUUCAAUCAAACUGUUACAAUUAUUGAAAAAGAAGAUGGGCUGGAUGGAGAAACGAUCUUCAUGUACAUGUUCCUUGCUGGACUUGGUCUGCUGGUCAUUGUUGGCCUACAUCAGUUGCUAGAGUCUAGGAAGAGGAAAAGACCGGUACAGAAAGUAGAGAUGGGAACAUCAAAUCAGAAUGAUGUUGAUAUGAGCUGGAUUCCCCAAGAAACUUUAAAUCAAAUAAAUAAAGCUUCACCGAGGAGGUUGCCCUACAAGAGGGCACAGAAGAGACCAGUGGGCUCUGAUGAGUAAUGUUAACUAGUGCAACAGUUGAACCUUUACUAAUUCUGCCUGUUUGGUUUUUUUUGGAUUGGAGUAGUGCAGAGAACCCAUACCACCAUAAGGAAAAUACUGCUAAGCAUUUGGACUGAACAGAUUAACUGAGUGGUGUUAAUAUUACUGAAAAUGCACUUCUCUUUUAAUUUUUUUUUUUAAAUUGUUGGGGGUCGGGGGAGGUAGCCAUUAAGAUUUGUGCCUGCGUGUGUAAGCGGUUGGUCUUAACAGAAACGUGUUACCUGAAAUGUGCCUUUAGAGUUCUUUGUAAUGCUGGCUUGUCAUCUGUACAUUGUCAUUGAAGGAUUUCUCUCCUCUCCCUAAUUUGAAUGUCUGGUGACUUUAAUCUGUCUUGAUUGUAUCAUAUCUGUAUCAGAACCUGAAUGCAAUUGUUCUUAUUCAGUCAGUAACGUUACUCUUUACAAGGUGCGCACACUGAGGUUUGUGUGGGUGGUCCUGUCAGUGGCCAGGCACUGAUCAUCUCAACUUCUGCAUAGUCUUCAUUCUAAAGGCACAAUUGGGUAUAGCUGCUUGUAGUGGUAGAUAUUUUGCUGCUGUUUUGAUCUGGGCAUGCAGUGACCUAAAAAUCUGGACUUAGCUGCAUAGAUGUUAGGAAGACUCCUGCACAGCAGCAGAACUUGUGAAGCAUGGAAUUUGUGUGCUGAAUUGGUAUUACUACAUAAAUUUCUUUUUUAUACCCAA